AUGCAAUUGCUGAAAACCCUGUUCCUCUCAGUCAUCUCAGUAUGGGCCGUGUCUCGCCCAGCUCUCACAGCAUCAGUAUCUAGCAAUCUCCAACACGUUCUCGAUGAUGAUACAACCUGUCUGUCACCCAAUAUAGUCACUGGUGUCUACGAUAACCCGCCAAAAAUUAUUGUUCACAACGCUUGCAAAGGGGAUAUUUGGACGUGGACUCAUUACGACGCACAAAGACACAUGUACAAGGAAUCCGACGAUGUCUUCAAAUGUUUAUCCAACGGAAAUUCUGCGACGGAGGUGAAAUGGGUGGCAGAAAGAGAGUGGAUACUAGCCAUUUAUGGUAACGCGGCGAUUAUUGUGAACUAUAGCGACAAACAGCUUGUAUUCGCCGUCUGCUUGAACGACAACUCGCAUAGCCUCGAGCUGGUACCGGAUGACAAACUUGCCCUUGCCACUACAUCCCAUACCCUUCAAGGAAGUAUCAAGAUCUUUGAUUGUGCACAAAACAACUCUUUGCCAAUACAAGAGCUUCACCUGCUACCGGCCUGCCACGCGCUUGUCUGGGAUGAGCACGACCAGACCCUGUGGGCGGUAGGAAAUGACAAACCGCCAAGUGGCAAUUAUGGAAAGUCAUACGGCAUUUUGAAUGGUUAUCAAUAUGACAAGCGAAAAGGUCAAUUCCGACAGGCUGUGCUUGAUACGCAUCGGGUUACUGAAGCUGCCCUUCUCCUAGAAGAGUGGACCGACGCUGACUAUGCCGGCUGGUGGGAUGGGCCUCACGAUGUUAUCCCAAUUCCCAACGAGCGCAAGCUCCUAAUCACCACAGACCGAGACAUCCAUAUUUUUGACAUUACCAAUGGGUCCUUCGAGCACGGAGAUGCAGUGAUGCAAAAGUACCUGCCUGGCUUUCAGCCCGUCGACCAUCGCACUGGAAGAAAUGGCGUUCUGCUCCCUCGUUCGGACUUGAAAGCAGUGAGCAUCAAUUCGAACAGGGAUGUGAUCUACGUCCAAUCGGAUUGGAGAUCUUGGAGUUCCAGUCAUGUCAAUUUGCUUGUCGAUGGCGCCAAGAAACCCGAUAUCAAUUUCAGCGGGAUAAUAUAUCGGUCACGCUGGAUGGACGAGGUGUCCGGGUGGCCAGCUGCUUGA